CAUACAUUAUUUAAACUGGAUAACAACGAGUCUCAAAAUUGUUGGUGUACUGAUCAAUUUUGGGAACCCUAACAUAACUCUGCAUUAUUUAUAGAUUUCAGAGUUUGACUCUUGGGUUAAGUAUAACGAUAAUAAUCAGUUUCACUUUCACUACCUACUAGAUCUAUUUCUCACUGAGAGAGAUGUGAUUGAGAACUGCUGGAACCGUCUCUAGCGUAGCAGCUUAAGUCCUUGGGAGCCUAACGCGCUCCAUCUUUCAUUGUCUCCAUGUUGCCGCGCCAGUUGCUAAGGAGAUGGUUACCAGGAGGUGUGCAGGCCAAACAAUGACUGACUCAUCCUGCUCUUACAUUCAGCCAAAGGGAAACUCUCUUAAGCUGGCCUGGGCUGCAGGAGGGAACAUCAUAGGCUUGCAAUGGAUUUUCGUGACCUGGCGUACCGGGAUUUGGUAUUAAAUCGCCCGUAUGUCCCUCAAAGCACCUUAGAGACUGACUUCCCCACUCCGCUCUACAGUGAUGAGUACCUUUCUCUGAGGGGACCACGGAAUGCCCCCGUUGUAAAAGAGUCUGUCCGCUGGAAAUUCACUCCUAUGGGCUGGGAUGCCACCCCUCAAACCUGGUAUACUGGUCUGACAAACAGCCACAACCGUGAUGCCUGGUACACCAUCACCAACCCCGUUGACCGAGAGACCCACCACCGCUGGCAGAGGUCCAAUGCCAAACAGGAGAAGACUCUACCACCUGCUUAUGCCCAGCAUUUGCGAGAGACAAGCUGGUAUGAUCCAAUCAUCCCUCCUCCGUAUUCGGAUCCUAACACACGAUGGGGUGCUUUUUUAUGGAAGGAUAAGAUUGUUCCCGGAAAGGAAUAUGUCGUCAACCGCAAUCGCUGUGCUGAGGAGCUGAAGGGAAAGCCAGGCUAUGUGCCCCACCUCUCUCUCCACACUCCAGUCUUCACAGCAAAGGACUACCGCACCUGGAGGAUGUUCAGCCACCAGCCUUCAACCAACAACCAGUAAAGCCUCUUCCCGCUGCUUGGCAUGAUGUGAUAAUCCUCCUUCGUGGUGCAAGGUGGGGAUAGCAUCUCCCCUUUGUGCUCAGGGCCCAUGUUGUAGGCCCAGGGCCUUGGAGUGAUGUGGCGUGGCAGCGUGCCCCGCAGCCUGCACCAUGUUGAUGCGGCCAACUCGUCGCGAUUGUGCUGUAAAAGGAGGGAGCUGAGAGCGCUUCGCCCUUUUACCUGUGUUUGUUUUCUAAUGAAAUCGAUGGGCAGACAAUUCUUCAUGUACUUCUUUAUGCAAUGCAGAAAUAACCGGUGGACGUCCCUGCCAUCUGAGGAUGGGAUAACCCCUACUUCAGUGUUGUUGUUGUUUUAAAAAAAGAGAGACAAACUAAUGAAGGAUGGUAGAAGAGGUAAAGGCAAAUGAUGUCUGACUUGGUAUAAUUGUGGUUGGGAAAUGCCAAAUAGAGUGCCUUUGCAACUCUCUCCCUUUUGAGUAAAUUAUAGCAAGCCUGUGCAUAAAACGAAUACAAGCUAGGAUAAUUAAGGCAUUUCAAUGGGCUCCUCUUCACUGGUUGUGUUCAAAUGAUGCCUAGGGAGCCACCAGUUGGGGAAGCUUUAAUUAAGAUUCCUGUGCUGAGCAUGGGCUGGCAGUUGGACUCUCUAGGGUGUCAACUGUGUGAUUCAGUGACUCUUGACCACAUUCACCUACCUUUUAGAUCAGGGCUCACCAUACAAUGCCAAGAGAUUCCUGUCACUAAGUAUCUCCCCCUACACUAAUAACAUAUACAAUAGCCAAAAUCUCAGGAGUUUGUCAAAGCUCAUAAACUUUGCAUAGAGAUCUCCUGAGAAUGCCGAAAUCUUGUGUCAUGUGACAACCCAAAAUCUUAUAGUAUUUUGGUAUUCUUGGACAAAUUGUUCUUGGGAGGAAUGAAAAUAGGGAGCUUCUGUGAAACUGCAAGAAGAUUGGUAACCCGUUUUAAGAGUGCUUUGUGGCUUUUGCUUUUUGAGUGGAUUGAGGAAGGUUUUACCAGCCCUUCCAGCCAAAUUGUGGCUCUUUUCAGCACCUUAAACCAUCCAUUUCACCAACUGAAAACUCGUAAUCUUCCCAGUGGGGCUGAUGUUUUCCCAUUUUAGGGGGGGAUUAGAAGAAAAAUGGUUUAAGGCACCAUUUAACAUUUUUGGGUUGUUUUGAUCUCUUAAAACUUAAUAAAGAAUCAUGAGGGCUGAAAAUCACUAGCAACAAUCAUGAUAUAACUGGGCUUAUAGUACAGUCAGAAAGGAAACAGUGGUCAGCUCUAAACAUUUUAAUGCCCGCUGGUUAAUAUUCCCCCCUUUCAAUCAUCUGAUUUACUUGACUUUUUACAGCAAGAGCUUUUCAGACCAGGGGUUGCAAUCCAGAUUAAAACUGUGCCAAGGGCUAUUUUUUCCCAAAUGGGUGGAGCCCGGAUAAAAAAGGGCAAAAGAAGAUAAUAAAUAACAUUAAAACGAUCACUCCUCUGUUUAUCAUGGUCCUUAGUACAAGGUUAUAUGUAUACUUUGUAUAUACUUCCACUUAAUCUAUACCAGUGUUUGUCAAACUUGGCAGCUUUAA